GCGUUUAAAGGGGCCGGGGUUCCAGUUUGGGAUGAUGAUAAAGUUCUGGAGAAGGAUGGUGGUUGUGGCUGUACAACACUGUGAAUGUAGUUAAUGCCGCAGAACCGGACACUAAAAAUGGUUAAAAUGGAAAAUGUUACACUUAUCAGAAUAUGAAACAAGCUGUUAAGUGGCUGAAAGUGAGGUUAGUGUGAAGAGAGGGCCAGGGACAGGAAGAGAGGCUCCUGAGAGGGAAGUGUAGUCAGAAGCCUGACUGCGCACACUGAAAGGCUGGCGGCCCCUCCGUGGCCAGAAGCUGGACCCCCGCCGCCCUCCUUCCCCAGCACAGCCACUCCCUGUAGCAGAUGACAGGUAGUCCUCGGCUGUUCCCUGAGAGCCUGUGGACACCGCUCAAGAUGUCCCCUUUUUGUUGUUGGGGACUGUGUGUGGCUUUUCUCGCCCUGCUCUGCUGCCCAGGAGGAGACUUUUGGGCUGGGCCUUGAAGAUCCCUCAGCAUGGAAAUAGAUGUGCAUCAGAAAGACUAAUCUGGAGGUGACGGAGCUGGAGGAAGAGCAACCAGAGGCAGGGAGCGAGCUGUGGGGGCAGCCUCCUUGGUCUCGACACCAGGCGAUCAGGGUCUGGUGAGGAGGCAUUCGAGGUACACGUGUCACCAGAGCAGCCAAUGGUGAAGCAUGGAGGAUCCCAGGUGAUUAACUGUAGUACCAACUGUACCAAACCAGAGAAUGGUGGUCUGGAGACCAGCCUAGACAAGAUUGUCCUUCAAGAUUCCCCGCAGUGGAAAUUGUUUAUGAUUUUCAAUGUCUCCCAGAAUUCAAGUAUGCGUUGCUUUUUCUGGUGCUCCAGGAAGCAGGGGUCCAAGAGUCUCAACGUCGGCCUGUACUACCCUCCAAAGCAAGUGCUGCUGAAGCUGCAGCCCACGCGGGUGGCCGUAGGGAGCCCGUUCACCAUCGAGUGCAGGGUGCCCUCCGUGGCGCCCCUCGAGGGCCUCACUGUCACCUUGCUCCGUGGCAGUGAGGUCUUGCACAGCCAGACCUUUGAGGGGACAGCACUUUCCCCUCAAGAGGCCAUGGUCACGUACAGCGCCGAGGCUCAGCUGGAAGACAGCUCCCACAACUUCUCCUGCCAGGCCAAGAUGGACCUGCGGUCUCGCGGUGUGAAGGUCGUUGACAGCGUCUCAGACUCCCAGGCGCUGGAGGUCUUUGAGCCUGUGCAAGACAACUGGAUGGUGAUCAUCGUGGUCGUGUCGGUGCUGCUCCUGUUUGUGACAUCCGUCCUGCUCUGCUUUGUCUUCGGCCAGCAGGGUAACCAGAGGCGGAGAGGUAUCUACAGGGUGCAGGCUGCUUGGAUGAGGCUGAGAGGGACCCACCCAGCACAGCCUGCCUGAGCGGCAUGGCCACUGGAACUGAGUGUGGCUCCUUAGGGUUGUGGUCCAGCCCUGGCUGAAGGACUGUGACAAGCAGCAGAGGACUUGGGGCCAUUUCUUUUCCUAGUCCGAACACACACCCCUGGACUUAACCCCAUGCCUCAGUCUCCUCCUGGGAAUGGCCAGGAAGGGGACCCACCAGGCCUUGCUGGACUUCUGUCUCCAAAUGUCUCGUCAGCCUCCCUCCACCCUCUCCUUCACAGGGGCCUUCCAGAGCCCCAGCGAGCCCAGGCCCUGGGCGCCUCCAUGCUGACCAGCCCAGGCACCGUUCACUCACCCUCAUCCGCCCUGAGUGACUCAUUCCUCCUGGGGGAGGGUGGGGGAGACGCAAUCUGGCCAGAGGAGCAGUGAGACACUGUUCCCCCAUGGCCCUCUGGAAACACAGGCGACUUCCCGUUGGAGCAGGACAUGGCUCUGACCUCUCCUUUCUCCCAACAGAGCCAGCUUACAGGGUAAGAGCAGGAGCCCCGAGGGUCUCCCCCAUCACUGGGCCUUCAGAGAGCCAUGGAUAACAUAAGCAGUCCUGUCCUCAUACUUCCCGCUCAUUAUUGGGCCAAACCGAGAUACUGCAGCCCUAGUCAUCCCAGAAGGAGGGGAGGGGAGGAGGUCGAAGGGGGUAUCUGGUUCUCAGGCCUUCCCUAGCCCAGGCAGCUGUCAGUGGGGCAGGACUGGGCGUUCAUGUGGCUUCCAGGACCUGGGCACUGCUCUAAGGGGCUCUCCCUCAGGAGCAGAGAUCUGGCUGGUUCAAGGUCUCCCUGGAGUGGAGAGGGGACUGAUUGACCUAAGGGAGAGGGCCUGGUGUUCGUUGAGGGAGUAAGAAGGGCUGUCAGGUGUGAGUGCAGGGUUGGCAAACGGAGUCUUCAGGGCUGUUUCCAGCCUCAUGAUGAAGCUGGCGUGGAUCCCAGGGCCACGGUGUGUCCUCACGGUAGGCUCUCGGCAUCAUAGUAGUCUAGGGGGAGACAGCACCCUCAUCUUGACUCCCUCCUGCUUCCAUGGACCCCAAGGAGGAAAAGGGAAGGGGACAGGUCAGUUGCCUGCCAGUGACACCUGAGUUCCUGCUACACACAGGGCACGUGGCCCUACUGGUCUUCUGAUCCACCCCUAGGCCUGGGCCCCGCUGCCCAUCCAUCUAGUACCUACCUGAAGCCGGGGGUACAUCUGCACCCACAGUCUCUGUGGCACUGGGGGGUGGAGGUGGGGGCACGGCUCGCCUGAGGUGGGUAAGAGAAAAGAAAGACCCUCCCAUCAGAGGCCCCAGGGUGGCCCCUGGAAUUUUACCCACAAGUAUCUCCACCCUCAGCCUCUGGCCACCUCUUCCAGCCCAGCCUCAGAGAAGGGCCCUGGCAGCUCCCAGACCCCGCCCCCCUCAACCUCACUUACAUCUGCCUUUUCCCAGAGGCAGGAGGACGGUGCUGAACCCUGGCUGUGUCCUGCAAGUGAGGCUGAUGGAGGGGAGAGGAAAUGAGAGGAGCUGGCCAGGGGAGCAGGGCUCCCAGAGCGGGCAUCGGGCAGGGCAGGUAGUGAUGGUGGAACACCAAAGGGCCUUCUUCCUGAGCCCUCAUCUCUUCCUCCUCCUCCUCCUCCUCCUCCCACUCCUCCUGUUGACCCUCCAGGUAGACCUGGGGAUUGUGCACAAAGGAAUGGGAGAUGAUACAGGAUGAGUCUCCACUCCUUGAAAUCACUUCCCGAGAUACACCACAGAAAACGGCUACUGUUCAUUGGGACUUUACUACUGGCAAGCAAGGCGCUUUGGAGACAGUUACUGUUUAUUUCGCAGGUGGGAAAACGGAGGCUCAGAGGUUAAGCAACUUUUCUAAGGUCACUCAGCUAAUAAGUGGCCAAGCAGGGACUGGAAGAAUCCAGGUAUGGCUCCAGAGCUGGGGCAGGGGGACCAGCAAGCUGCCCCUCGUCUCACCCUGUUAUGGAUUCUGGGUCCUAGGACUCUUUAAUCAACAGAAACGGAUAAGAGACUAGACAAGGAAUUCAGGCUGGGAAUUCACUGGGAACAACAAACAGGUGCCCUUGGUCGCUCCCCCAGGAGGCUGGGCUGGUUCCUUAGAUGGGGAGACGGUGGCGGCUGAUCGGUGGGUCUGGCUGCAGGGGUGGCCUAGGUGGUCUGCCCACCCCCUUGGUGGUGCUGUGUGCAGGGGUCAUGCGCAGUUCCCUGCUUUUGGUCUCUGCACCUCAGACGUGGCAGUUGAUCUGUGACCUUUUUGCAUCUUAUUGUUCAUCAUUGCCCCGAGCACGCGUGCGUGCACUUACUUAGUGCCCUUUGUAGUUUGUGCCUUUUAUAUCCUGUUGCUGGAGGAGACAUUUGUCUAGGUGCAAGCACUGCAGUAAAGGGUCCCAGGUCCCAGCCUAUGUCAACCCUCAGUCCCUGGACCCACCUAUGCCUCAUUGGUGACGGGGUGGCGCUCAUCCCAAGGGCCCUGUGAGGGCCUGGGGGUGAGGGCCCGCAGCAGCUUCUCAGGGUCUCCCUCAGCCUGGACUCCUCUGACCAGCCCCGCCUAGAAGCCUGCUCUACUCAAACUGAUAGGCAUCCUCCUUCCACCCAGCUGUCACUUCUCCAGACCUCUCAAGGUGCCCAGCACUGGUUGACCUCCUGACUCAGCCCCUGCCAGCCUGGAUGGUGGAGACACCCCUCACCUCUUCCAAGCAUCAGAAUCCUACCUGGCUUUCAAGGGCUGGUUCCAAGGCCACCUGCUCCUCCAAGGACCUUUUCCUCAUGCCCCAACCAGGUGGCACUCACACUUUGUGCCAAUCACAGUCAAAGUUGCCUUGUAUUCACAGUCAUUCAUGUAUUCAUUCACUUGUUCAGUAAAUAUCAGUUAAGCCCUAAAAGUAUCAGGCACCCUGCAGGCCCCAGUGCAAUGGUGCCUGCCCUCCUGGGCCUGCAAGCCAGUGGGGGCGUGCACUGCAGAGCAACCUUGAAAACAAAAUCUUCAAUGUCUGGAUUUUGGGGCCCUCCUACCGCCACCCCAUGGAGGCUGACACGGGGCCUUGCAGAUAACAGAUGCCAAAGAGACCCAGCGAGAUGGGUGUGGGCUGUCUCUGGCUCCUUUGUUGCCUGGUCCUUUUUCUCAAGAUCGGGGAACCCCAGAUGGCUCCUCAUCUCUGGACCUGCAGAUGGGCGGCCCGGUGGCCCACCCCCUACUCCCCCACCCCCAGCCCACGCACCUGAGGGCGGGGCCAGGCAGGCCAGGGGUCGAGGGCUGCUGCCACCUGGGCAGUCGGAAGCAGCUGGUGCAUGUGUGCAUUCUGCAGCAGCAUCAGCUCCAGCAGGCCUAGGGGACCGGAGUUCAGCAGGUCCAUGCCAGGCCUCCCUCUGCCCUUGCUCCGACCCUAGGGCCUUUUCCCCAGUGACCAGCCAGGGGCGCGGAAAGGGGCGUGCAGCAAGGACAGGCAGAGGUGGGUACAACGUGGAGAGAUCCCGGAGUCUCACCUUCCUUCACGCGGCUUGUCUGCGGGGAUGGAGGUGGGAUGGCCCACGGGAGGGGCUGCAGAAUGGUCACCCAGGGCUGGGGGGAGGGGGAGACUCAGUCAGGCUAGGUGGGGAAGGAAUGGGGACCACAGCCUCACGCUGAGUUGCCUCCCUAACCCCCCAGGAGCCGCAUUCUCCUUUUUCCCCCCAGAUGCCUACCAGCUCUCUUGUUAUCUUUUCCUCUCUGGCUGGGGUCGCUCUCCUCACCCACCCAAUAGGGCCCCACCCGAAGUUCAGACCCUCCCGAGACAGCUCCCCAACCCAGCAACCCCCACCCCUGGCCUCUUGGGUAAAGGCAGGCUCCACUCCCCCGCUCAGCCUUCACCGUCAGGGCUGCACUCUGGGCUGGGGGAUGACCCCAGCUCCCUCCAGUCCCUGAUUCCAUGACCAGCUGUGGUGGAUCAGGGUUACCUUGACGACGCUGGGCGACGCCAAAGUCUCCAUCGACGCAUGCGCAGGUCCGCCCAUGCUCCGGGCGCCUGUGGCUUUCACCUGAUAUCGCCGCCUCUCUCCCUUCUCUCUGUACCUCUGCGACCAAGGGUCCCCGAGGACCCUCACCCCCUACCCUCGGAGGCCCGUCUCUUUCCCGAUGUCCGCCUCCAAACCCCUGCGCCUGGGCUCCCUGUGUAUCGCGUCCCAUCCCUCGCUGUACCCCUUAUUCUUGCGCAUCCCUUGCAUGGGGACUCUAGUUGGUGUUAGUUGAGUGAGUGUGUGAGCGACUAGGGAGGCCCGCCCGAAGUCAGACACUCGGUUUUCUGGUCCUAGAGCCCAGCUGAUUAGGGAUAAUGACUUAAGCAGAUAUAGAGAAUUCUGUAGGAGCAGGCUUGGGUGCAAGGGGCAGGUGAAUGAGGAGGGCAGAGGAUCUGCCCCCUGUCACUCUGAAUCAGAGGGCUGUCCUAUGGGUCCAAUAGUGGUUUCUGGAGCAGACCAAGGAAGGAAACACCAACCAAGAUUGCAGCAAAGUCUGAGCCCUGGCCAGAAACAGGUGGCUGGCCCCUUGACUCCCUGCUUGUAACUGUUUGCUCCCUGGUUCCUGAUCAAGGGGAACCGCUUCUCCAAAGACGUGGAAAAGUCUGGGGAGUUUCACACCAGUGCCCACAGUGUCCCUCAUUCUCGAAAAAUUAUCAGAGCAUGCAUUCUUCUGACAGGAAGUUAUCAAGGUCUUUGCUUAAGAACAGGUGAAAGGAGAGAUCUGUUUCGGCAGCUGUGACCAUCCUAAGAUAGAGCCUGAGCAGCAGCCGAAGAAAAUCCUAACAGGAAGCUGGGAUCAGCACCCUUGAGUUGCUCUUCCCCCACCCCCCACUUCUGUUCAGCUCCCCUUCCCCGCAGUCCUGGUGUCCCACCUCCUCCUUUGUACCUUAGUCCCUGUCUCCAUGGGCCAGGGCCUGUGAGCAGCGCAUUAGCUGUCCCGGUGGGUGUGAUGGCUUCAACAGCAACACCAAGCUGAGAUCAGCCACACUGGUUCCAGCGUUGGUUGGCAAGUGAAAACAUAUCCAUGAAAGGAGAGCAAACAUACAAGUCUGUGCAAAAUCUCCUCUGAGGGAGAUGUACAGGAAGGGAUCACAAAAGAGAGCACUCAGUCACUGAAGGAUGGAGUUCCGAGGGCGGUGGGGACCCUCUCAGUGUGGGCAGCCUAUGCUGGGGACACAGCCUGGGCAAAGGCACAGAUGCAGGAAUGGUCAGGGCCUGUAAAGACCCAGUGGCUCGCACUGCCAGGCUGUGGAAGAGGAGCUGGGUAGAGGGCAGUCCCAGCGGCCCAGGCAGGCGUAGGUCAGACUCCAAAGCCAGUUUAUAGAAGCUAGGCUUUGCGGUGUGGGUAAUGGAGAGCUACGGGUGGGUUUUUAGCAGGAGAGACACAAGGGGACAACGUGUGCACAGCCAUGUUUUAGGAAGACUGAUCUCGUUCCUCACACCUUUCUGUCAACCAGAAUUAGAACAUAUGUCUGAUGGGGUUGUGUCCUCCCAGUAGAAGACUAUUCGUCAUUGCCAAUUUUAGUGAGGAAUACACCUAUUGAUGUGGAAUGAUGUCCAAGGCAGUUAAGCAAAACAAUCAGAAAGCAUAGUAAGAUCUAAUUUGUGUUUUAAAACACAAAUAUGCAUGUAUAUAUGCAUGUGCAUGUGUGUGUGUGUGUGUGUGUGUGUGUGUGUGUGUAGAGAAUGAAAGAGGGAAGGAGGAAGGGUGGUGGGGAGAGAGGCAGUUAUGGAGAAGCUGUAAGGGCCGCCCCAUCCAGCAGCCUACCAGCUUCUCCACUCCCUCACACUGCUUCCUGGGACCUCCUUCCAAAUAAACUACUUGCUUCCAAA